AGACCCGAUAAGAAGAAAAACAAACACCGUUCCUCCACAGCAUUUCUAAUGGCUUCAGUCUGCAUGCACAGUCCAAUCUGCUUCCCACUGCUCUGAGCCGCCACUACCGGCGGUGUUGACGGUGGUCGCGUCUGGAUCAACUGGUUUGGUUCGACCCGGACCCGGACCCGUUGCUGGGGGAGUUAGCGAAUCUUCAAACCCUCUUUCAAAACUACUAUCAUACGUCGCCGUUUCCCGUGGAUUCGUAUUGAUAUUGCUACCAAAUGGGAAAGCUGGGCAAGAAGGCAAGAAAGUUUGCAAGAAAGAAUUUACAGUCAGUUUUGAGGAACAAAAGGAAGUUAAACUCUAAAUUCAAAAGGAAAACAUCAAAAAGAGAUAGUCAUGAUAAUGUAGAAAACCAAGAGAUUGGUGCAACAAAACCUUCAAAUGAAAGAAACAUAGCUGGUGAAGAAAUUCUAGACACUUCCCUUGAUGCUAUAUUCAAUGAAAAUGACAGUGAGGUGCUUGGAGAUGAUUCAGACAGUGAUGGAUUUCUUUCAGAGGACUCAAGUUGUGAACAUGUUACUGGAAGUGACGGUGAAAAUGAAAAUUAUAUUCAGAACAACAAUGGUGGUAGUUCCUUAUUAGUGCAAAACAGAGAUAUUUGUGCAGAACUUUCGAAGAAAGCAAAAAAGUUGAACAAAUUGAAACAAAAGGAUUCAGGGUUUUCUAAAUUUCUGGAAAGAUAUGAUGUGGGGAUCAAACACACCAAAGAUGAAGAAAGUAGUUUAGAUGACGAAGAAAAGUUAGAUGGGGUACGACCAAUGAAUGAUGACAAAUCAUGUUCUCGUGUGUGGAAACCGUUGACAAGUGCGUCUGUGGAUUCUUUGCGUAAACUGGUCAAAGAACAGCAUAGUGUGCCUGCCCUCACUAGUCUCAUAAAUGCUUAUAGGGUGGCAUGCCACAAUGAUUCUGAAGCAACCAGUGUCAGUGGUUGUGUGUUAUCUCAUGGCAUUCAGAAGAGUGAAGCUUUCUGCAAGAUAUUAAUAUUCAUGCUACAAGAGGCUGAUACUAUAUUUAGGACGUUACUUGGAAUAUCAAACUUGAGUUCCAAGAAGGAAACUGUUUUGGAGCUAAAGGCUACAAAAAAAUGGCUAUCUCUUAAACCACUUAUUAAGUCAUACUUAAGGAGUUCCGUGUUUCUCCUGAGCCAGGUUUCGGACUCUGAGAUAUUGACCUUCUUAAUUUGUCGACUUAGAGCUUCAAUCGUUUUUCUGGUUGCAUUUCCAUCGUUACUGCACAAGCUUAUCGAGAUUUCUGUUCAUCUCUGGGCUACAGGUGAUGGGUCUCUAUCGUCACACUCCUUUGUCAUCAUACGAGAUAUAGCUUCCAUGUUUAGCUCUAAUUGGUUAGACUUCUGCUUUGUCAAAACAUAUAAGGCCUUUAUUAGUCACUCUCAAUUUGUUGAGCGAAGGUUGUUUGAACAUAUACACUUUCUAAGGAAUUCCUUUGUGGAGCUUUGCUGUUUAGAUGUACAGAAGUCAUCUAACAAAGCUAUGAUAUGUAUACGGCAUCUAGGUAAGAUAUUGCAGAAGGGGUGGCAAACAAAAACGAAGGAGGUAGUUAAGAAAAUUUGCAGUUGGCAGUACAUCAAUUGCAUCGAUCUCUGGGUUACAUUUAUAUCGGCAAACAUACAUGACUAUGAUCUUCAGCCAUUGCUGUAUAUGAUUGUACAGAUUAUAAAUGGAGUUGCUCUCCUUUUUCCUGGGCCCAGAUAUUUACCACUGAGACUCAGAUGUAUCCAAUGGCUUAAUCAUCUUGCUGGUUCUAGUGGGGUUUUCAUCCCGGUUACAUCAUUGGUGCUGGAUGUUUUAGAAUACAAAAUUACCAAGGUUGAUGGGAAACCUGGCAAAGUCGUUGAAUCUUUGUCUACCAUAAAGCUUCCAAAGUAUUGGUUAAAAUCACGUGACUUCCAAGAAGAGUGUGUCUCAUCUGCCAUUGAACUCCUUUCGGAGCACUUUGCACAAUGGAGCUACCAUAUAUCUUUUCCCGAGCUGGCUACAGCUCCAAUUAUCCACCUCAAGAAGUUUUUGGAGAGAACUUCUAUUGAGAGUUCCAGACGUGUUAUCAAGCGAUUUAUUGAUCAGGUGGAGAUGAAUAUUGACUUUGUGCAAAAGAAAAGAGAUGAGGUGCCUUUCUCACCGAAGGAUCAACAGUCUGUUGAAUCAUUUGUUCAGGUUGAAAAACGUAAUGGUAAUACUCCGUUUACACAGUACUAUAAAAGCAUCAUCAGCAAGGCUGCUUCCAGGCAAAUGAUUUCAAAUAUAAAGUCUCCCGGCAAAGAAGGAAAGAAGAAAAUGCAACAUCCAAAUGGCAUCGUUGAUGCGACCGGUAUUGAUUCUUGAAAGAACCAAUGCUUUCUUCUUGCUUUCAUGAUUUGUUUGAUUCGACUCGAGGUUGAAGGAAACCCGAUGUUACUUUUUGUCCUCUUUGAGACACCUUACUUUUAUAUUUAGAAAUUAUUGUGUAAAAUGGAAACGUUGAAGAGAAAUGCAGUUUCAUUCAUUAGACCAAACGAGCAUUAUUUUUUAUUUUUGGAUUUGGAG